UCUGCGUAUCUACGCAUUAAAAUUAUAUCUGAAUAUCAACAAAUUAGUUCGCUCAAGUACUCUGAAAUGAUUGGACAGAAUAUGGCCAAAUAUACCCUAAUUGCAGUUAUGUGGAUAUAUUCUAUAUUUGCAGCUCCACUUGCUGCGGACGAAGAGGUUGUCGUCAUCCAGGAAAACAUGACGCACUCCUGUCUCAAGGACUCGCUGCCGGAAAAGAUGGAAUCUCACUAUGAUAUGUGCUCACAAAAGAAUGAGACCGAAAAUGAAAUGAUGAAUGACAAUAUGAUUUUGCUUUGCAUUCUGAAAGCUGGUGAAAUGAUAAAUGAAGAAGAGGCAGUAAAUGUAGAAAAACUCAAAAUGAUGAUUUUUGAAAUAGCAGUCACUGAAGAAACUAAAAGUGAUACUAUGGCAAAAGACGUUCAUGAAUCUUCUUUCAAUAUGGCGGUGCAAAAAUGUGAAACUUCCGAAGAGAAUAUGAUGAAGGCUUCCAAUCUUGUGCAAUGUCUCUUAGAAAAUUUAUCUAUGAACUGCACUAAGAUGGUCAAAAUGGAUGAAGAAAUCAUGCCUAUGAUGGACGCUAUGUCGGUUCCUGAGAACUAAAUUAGUUGCACCGAGUAUCAGAAAUGUAAACAGCACAUGGAUCAUUUGUUUUGUAAUAGCAAUAGAAAGAACGCAAAAAAAUUUUACAGUAGAUUAAUAAAAUAUCAUAGCAAACAGAA